AUGCCAGAAAAUAUAGCAUUGAAGAAACAUAUCACCCUCUUUCAGGGGGUGGCCAUCAUUGUUGGAAUCAUUAUUGGCUCCGGAAUCUUUGUGUCGCCCGUGGGAAUACUCCGGCACACCCGAUCUGUGGGCUUUGCCAUGAUAAUGUGGACAGUCUGUGGUGUGUUCAACAUGUUGUGUGCCCUUUGUUAUGCUGAACUUGGGGCGUCGAUGCCCCAGUCUGGCGGAGAGUAUGUGUAUAUCCGGCGUGCCUUCGGGGAUUUUCCAGCUUUCAUUUGCCUGUGGAUAAAUUUUGUGUUGAUCUGUCCAGUUGCUAUUGCUGCUCUUAGCUUGAUAGCAUCUUUAUACAUUCUGCAGCCAAUUUUCCCGGACUGUGCUGUACCAGCUCUUGCAGAAAGGUUUAUUGCCAUAUGCCUUGUCUGGCUUCUCAUUGCUGUAAACUCACGCAAUGUGAAAUGGGCAACUCGUGUUCAGGUAGUGAUUACAGCAUCCAAGCUAAUUGCACUUAUUCUCAUUAUUGGCCUUGGAAUGUGGUAUUUCGCCAAAGGAGAGACUGAAGCAUUUGAAGAUAGCUUUGCUGAUAGUGAAUACGGUGCUGGUGCCAUUGCUUUGUCCUUUUAUUCUGGCUUCUGGGCCUACAGUGGUUGGAGUUACUUGAACUUUCUAACAGAAGAGCUUGUGAAUCCUAACAG